AGCAGCAGCAGCAGCUGUCAGUCGGUUCUUACUAACUAUUCUUAUUAACUUUCUUAUUAGCUUCUUGGCUCAUCCUCUCAGCUGUCUGUUUGAAGAUGAGUGUCAGUUUGGAUAUAAAGCUGAAAAGAGCAAACAAAGUUUACCAUGAGGGGGAGGUGGUGGCUGGUGUCAUUGUGUUGGUGUGUAAGGAGGUGCUGCAGCAUCAUGGCAUCUCUCUGACCAUGGAGGGGCUGGUUAACCUACAGCUGAGUUCCAAGAGUGUUGGUGUCUUUGAGGCUUUUUACAACUCUGUCAAGCCUAUUCAGCUGAUCAGCAGAAACAUUGAGGUGGCAAAGGCGGGAAAGAUCCCAGCGGGCAAGACGGAGAUACCGUUUGAGUUCCCGCUGCACACAAAGGUCAACAAACAGCUGUAUGAGACCUACCAUGGAGUUUUUGUCAACAUUCAGUAUACGUUGCGCUGUGAUAUGAAGCGCUCCCUGCUGGCCAAAGACCUGAGCAGGAACUGUGAGUUCAUUGUCCACUGUCAGCCUCAGAAAGUGCAGGUUUUGCCCACUCCAGUUGACUUCACCAUCACUCCAGACACCCUGCAAAACAUCCGUGAGAGGAAUUUGCUGCCAAAGUUUUUGAUUAGAGGCCAUUUAGAUGCCACAAACUGUGUAAUCAGCCGGCCGCUGACUGGAGAGGUGGUGGUUGAGGACUCUGAAGUUCCAAUCAAGAGUAUUGAACUGCAGCUUGUACGAGUUGAGACUUGUGGGUGCGCUGAAGGAUACGCCAGAGAUGCCACUGAGAUCCAAAACAUCCAGAUAGCUGAAGGUGAUGUUGUGCAUGGUCUCUCCAUUCCCAUCUACAUGGUCUCACGGCUAUUCACCUGCCCCCCUCUGGAGACAACCAACUCAAAGUCGAGUUUGAAGUCAACAUUGUGUGUGGUCCUGCAGGAUGAACAUCUGAUCACGGAGAAUUUCUCCCUGAAGCUGUGCAGAGUGUGAAACUGUUCUCCAGGACGUCCCAGCGGGGAGCCAGACAUUGACUCUUAAAUUAUCAGCAGAUCAACAAAAUUUCAGUUGGUCACUGAUCGAACACGCUGCAGGCCGAAGACAAGAUUGUUGGGAUUUCAGCACUGUAAGGGUCUGGACUUCAGGUUUAGAAGUAUCACCAGUAUUUGGACAAAGAUUCCUUUUUCCUCGUGUUUCAGUCAAGAGAUUAAAAAAACAACUUUAGCAUUGAUUUCUAAUGGUUGGAAUUAAAAUCUGUAGUUCCUGUUAGCAGUCACUAACAGGAACUACAGUCCAGAGAAUAGUUCCUAACAUGGCAAAGAAACAUCAGAUGCUGUUGGUACCAACACCCCUAUUCCACAGGACACCAACGAUCAACGUUCAACGACGAUCCCCCACCAUCCAGAAAAAGGCCAACAAACGCUGCUUUGCUUCAGAUUUUAACUCGAUGGUGCACAAACAAACAAGUAUCAAGCUGGACUCAUUAGGACAACCCGUUAAAGAGGUUUGUACAUGAUUGAAGCUGUUAAGACUAUGAAGACCUGGAAGUGACGCGUCAUGACAACGAUUUGGUGAAUCUGGAUAAAAUUUUUGAACAGCUGAAAAAGCUCAUCCUGAUUUCAAAACUGGUGCCGAUGAAGGCCGUAACUACGGUGUAUACCAAGAAUUAGGGGUGCCGGAAAAAAUCGAUUCACGUCCAAAUCGUGAUUCUUAUUCAUUAUGAUUCUGAAUUGAUCCAAAAUGUCCAAGAAUCGAUUUUUUAAAAA